CCAUCCCGCUACUAACACGUGCAGUAUUUCGUGAAUUCAUAUGAACUUGUAUUUGUAAAUGUUGAACUAGAGUUUUUUCUACGUUUGCUGCAGAUAGUUUCUACAUUAUGAUGUCACAAGUGCCCAGGCGAAUUUCCAGAUUCCUGCAAGCGCGACGGUUCAAAGAAAUAACCUACAGAGGGAAAAAGACAAAAGCCAAACUAUCAUAUGGAAAACAUAAAAAUGAUCCAACGGAAGUUGCCCUGAAGCAUUUCGACCAAAACUACCGACCACUGUUUGGAGACGAAUGGCCAUCUAUUCGCCUAACCUUGCUGUCCAUGCCCAAUUCAGGGGCUCUCCUCAACAAUUACAGCGAGGUGCAAGAGACAUUGGAUAGACUUCAUUCGAUAGGUGUAGAAGACUUUGUACAACCUCAUGCAAGACACCUCAGGAAAGAAAGUGAAACUCGGUCUCACUCUCAGAGAUUAAAAGGAGGGGUCAAUGAGGUUACCUCAGAAAAUGGAACAAAAGAUGAUGAAGAAUCCCAAAGUGCGUCAGGAAGUACAAAAUUAGAUAGUGUCGCAGUAGCACAGAAGCUUCAGGAAAGGGAGAUGAUCAUCAGGGCGAGAGAAGAAGAUGGCUCAGAGGAGGGAGUGUUUGGACCUGGUGAACUUGAGAACAAAGAAGCAGGGCAGCUGACGAAACCUUGGUGGGAUGGACGAUAUAUUGUUGCUCCUGGUUACGAGCACAGGAUGGACCUCCUGCAGCAGAUGGAGUUGGAAGAGAGCGGUGACAGCGAGUUGAUGUCGGAGCAUUCUGGUGCUAACUCCAUCAAAGUUGUGGAAGCCGAGCUCCAGAUAAGUCCCCACUUGAGAUGUUUCUUACACAAGUCAUCUCCGGAGAGGUUGCCACAGGCGAAGAGGGGCAGGGAGUUACCGUAUCUUCAGUAUUACAUCAUGGAUCCAGCUUCGGUUCUUCCUGUCUUGGCGAUGGAUCUUAGAAAAGAUGAUGUGGUCCUGGAUCUUUGUGCCGGACCAGGCGGGAAAACUCUGGCUAUUUUACAGUCAAUGCUGAUCAGUACCCUGACUACCAAUGAAAAGGUAUUAUCUCGGAGGCGGCGCCUGCAAGAAGUACUUGGUCUUUGCUUACCCAGGAGCAUAAGAAGUAGUGGAGCCAUCCGUGUGUCUGGAUUAGAUGGAUGUGAAUGGGGCCAGAUAGAACCAAAUGCAUAUGACAAGGUGUUAGUAGAUGUGCCUUGCUCCACAGACAGAGUAUCUGCAACCCAACCAGACAAUAAUAUUUUCAAAGUGAGUCGAUCAAGAGAGAGAUGGGACCUACCACAACUCCAAACAGAUCUACUCUGUGCCGGGCUUCAGGCAGUCAAACCCGGAGGGACGGUGGUGUAUUCCACCUGCACCAUGUCGCCCCUUCAAAACGAUGGAGUGAUCCAGAGUACCAUCACAAGAUGUCGGGAGGAAUUCAACAUCGAAGCAACCGUGGCUGACCUUUCACCUCUAGGGAGAGCGUACAAUGAUGUCUUCAGCUUCUUCUCGAACUGUCGCUAUGGCCAGCUUGUCGUGCCUAGAAUAACUGCCAAUUAUGGACCCAUGUAUUUCAGUCGAUUGAUCAGGACUCGAUAGCAAAUUUUCUGUGCCCAGAAUAAUUGCCAAUUAUGGACCCAUGUAUUUCAGUUGAUUGAUUAGGACUCGAUAGCAAAUUUUCACCUGAGACUCCAGAAAAUGAAUAUUUGUGACAGUUGUGAUAAUAAGAGA